UACUAAGGGCGGGAGCCCGGCUGGGGCGCCGGCGGUCAGUGUCUGUCGAGGCCGCCAUGCCGAACCGCAGGGCCAGCCGCAACGCCUACUACUUCUUUGUGCAGGAGAAGAUUCCUGAGCUGCGGCGGCGAGGCCUGCCAGUGGCCCGUGUGGCAGACGCCAUCCCCUACUGUUCAGCUGACUGGGCAUUCCUGAGCGAAGAAGAAAAAGAAAAAUACGCCGAAAUGGCCCGUGAGUGGAGGGCCGCCCAGGGGAAGGAUGCGGGGCCCUCGGAGAAGCAGAAACCUGUUUCCACACCACUAAGGAAGCCAGGGAUGCUUGUACCAAAACAGAAUAUUUCACCUCCAGAUAUGUCAAGCUUGUCCUUAAAAAGUGAUCAAGCUCUCCUAGGAGGCAUUUUUUAUUUUUUGAACAUUUUUAGCCAUGGCGAGCUACCUCCUCAUUGUGAACAGCGCUUCCUCCCUUGUGAAAUAGGUUGUGUUAAAUAUUCUCUCCAAGAAGGCAUUAUGGCAGAUUUUCACAGUUUUAUAAAUCCUGGUGAGAUUCCACGAGGAUUUCGAUUUCAUUGUCAGGCUGCAAGUGAUUCCAGUCACAAGAUUCCUAUUUCUAACUUUGAGUCUGGGCACGACCAAACAACUGUGUUAAAAAACCUCUUUAGAUUUAUUCAUCCAAGCCCUGGCAACUGGCCACCUAUCUACUGCAAGUCUGAUGAUAGAGCCAGAGUCAACUGGUGUUUGAAACAUAUGGGAAAGGCAUCAGGAGUCAGAGAAGAUCUUGAACUUCUCACAGUAGAGGAUCUUGUAGUGGGAAUCUACCAGCAAAAAUUUCACAAGGAACCUUCUAAGACUUGGGUUCGAAGCAUGUUAGAUGUGGCCAUGUGGGAUUAUUCCAGCAAUACAAGGUGCAAGUGGCAUGAAGAAAAUGAUAUCCUCUUCUGUGCUUUAGCUGUUUGCAAGAAAAUUGCGUACUGCAUCAGUAAUUCUCUGGCCACUCUCUUUGGAAUCCAGCUUACUAAGGCUCAUGUACCACUCCAGGAUUAUGAGGCCAGAAAUAGUGUGACACCCAAAAUGGUUGUACUGGAUGCAGGGCGUUACCAGAAAUUAAGAGUUGAAAAUCAAGGAUUCUGCCAUUUCAACUCUUCCAAUCAGGAUCACAGAUCAAACACACCCACUGGUGACUACCCAUCUGGGGUGAAAUUUUCUGGCCAGAAUAGCAGUGUUCGGGGAAGAGGGAUUACCCGCUUACUUGAGAGCAUCUCCAGUUCCUCCAGCAAUAUCCACAGAUUCUCCAACUGUGAAACUUCAUUGUCACCAUACAUGUCCCAAAAAGAUGGAUACAAAUCUUUUUCCUCCUUAUCUUAAUUAUGGUACUUUUCUCAAUUUCUGGAAAAAUAACAAGCCCAACUUCCCUUCUGACUACAGUCAUACUAAACAGAUCACAUCAAUGAUAAAUAUCACUACUACAAAAACUACUUCAUAAGGAGAUUCUGUUUCAUAGAUUAAAAAUAAUUGUGGUUGGAGAA